AACUUGACUAACACCAACAAUCACAAGAUAGAAAGCAAGAGCAAGAGCAGCGUUCAGUGGACGGUGCACGGUGGCCAGUACUGGCUUCGUAGAGUAGAGAUAUUUCCGUUCCCGUAAAAUUUCCACUUCACACGUUCGCACACGGCAUUCGGUCGCAUGAUGGCGCAACAUGUAGGUCGUUCACGUAAAUCGCCGGCUUUUUUAUUAAUUAUUCUCUUUAUUAUUAACUCAACAACAAUUAUUGACUCCUCUGCACUGCCAACAAUUAAUGGCGACAACACUAAGUCGGUAAUUAAUUCUGUUAAAUUAAUAACUAGUGAUUAUUAUCAGGAUAUAAUUGUUAAUAAUAAAAGUAACAAUAAUACAAUAAUUAAAAGUGAUAGUUAUAGUUCAAGUGUUGGUGCUGAUGCUGGUGAGAGUGAUCAAGAUGCUGGUAAAAAAUAUUAUUUAUUAACAACUGGUGUUAAUUUAAAUAAAUUAAAACAUAUUAAGUGGACUCCUGACAAAACAUAUUGUGAUAUUAAUAUUAAUAAUAAUAAUAUUAGUGGUAAUAUUAAUAAUUAUGCUAUAAAUAUUUGGAGUGACAGUGAAGGUACUAGUGCCAUUUUUGAGUUUUAUAAAAUUUUGGAGGUUACUAGGAUUUAUUUGUGUCAAUUAGACACUAAUUUUGAAGGAGAUGAACUGCUCCAGGGAAAAUGGAGACCAGUUGAGGACCUGCUGGUUCAUUUACCAAGAAGAAAACGUGAUCUUCCGAGUGUGGGACAACCCUUAAUACCAGCGAACGGUGAUGCGGAAAAAUUGCACAUUUAUGGCCUGAGAUUGGAAGGUGAACAAGAAGAGCAAGAGUUUGCUAACGGUGUGCCGAAAGUUGUCGGCGAAACUUUAGUUACGAUACGUAUUUUCGGUUCUGGGAUUACUACUGAUACUGUUAUCAGUUUUACUGAUAUACCACAAAAUCGGGGUGAGAUUUGCGACAAGAUUAAGUCACAAGAAUUUAUUGUGGAAAAAGUCGAAAAUUUCACGGCAAUUAUAUCAGGAAUGCUUCCUUUGGGUUCACCAUUUUACAUUUGCGCCAAAAGUAUGUCCUCUGGUAGUGUUAAUUUAUUCUAUCAUCAAGGAACAGAAGUUUAUAAACAAAUAAUCUCGUACCAAAAAACUUUACCGCUGUGGCUUCAAAUUAUAGUGAUAUUAACUUGUUUAUCAUUCUCGGCAUUGUUCUCCGGUCUUAAUCUUGGGUUAAUGUCUAUGGACCGGACUGAAUUGAAAAUUUUAUGCAACACUGGGACUGAAAAAGAACGAGAGUACGCACGUACCAUCCAGCCGGUGCGAAAUUAUGGAAAUUAUCUUCUCUGUUCCAUUUUAUUUUCGAAUGUACUUGUCAAUUCUAUUUUUACGAUCCUUCUGGAUGAUUUAACCUCCGGCACAGUCACUGUUAUCGGCGCUACAUUGGCAAUUGUUAUUUUUGGAGAGAUCUCACCGCAAGCAUUUUGUAGUCGACACGGCCUAUGUGUUGGUGCGAAAACAAUCUUAAUAACAAAGAUAACAAUGGUUAUAACAUAUCCGCUGAGUUAUCCGAUAAGUAAAUUUUUGGACUACAUGCUGGGAGAAGAAAUAGGAAAUGUUUACAAUCGCGAGCGGCUCAAAGAACUUGUUAAAGUAACAACUGGUUACAAUGAUUUAGAAAAAGAUGAAGUGAACAUAAUAGCCGGUGCCUUGGAAUUGAGGAAAAAAACAGUCGCUGAUGUGAUGACACGUAUUGAAGAUGUCUAUAUGCUUGAUUAUAAUGCGAUCCUUGAUUUUGAAACUGUUUCUGAAAUUAUGAAAUCAGGAUUUUCAAGGAUUCCCGUGUAUGAAGGAACAAGAAAUAAUAUUGUUACAAUGUUAUACAUUAAAGAUUUGGCAUUUGUUGAUCCUGAUGAUAAUACUCCACUGAAGACACUUUGUCAAUUUUAUCAGAACCCUUGUAAUUUUGUAUUCGAAGAUGUUACGCUUGAUAUUAUGUUUAAGCAAUUUAAAGAAGGUCACAAAGGUCACAUGGCAUUCGUACAAAGAGUAAACAACGAAGGCGAGGGUGAUCCUUUUUACGAAGUAAUAGGCUUAAUUACGUUAGAAGAUGUUAUCGAAGAAUUAAUCCAAGCCGAAAUAAUGGACGAGACUGAUGUUUUUACUGAUAAUAGAAGUAAACGCAAGAGAUUAAAUAAUCGUCCGAAAUUACCGGACUUUACAGUAUUUGCAGAGAAAAAAGAAAGUCAACGAAUACAUAUUUCACCUCAAUUAACAUUAGCAAUGUUCCAAUAUUUAUCUACCACUGUUGCUCCAUUUAAACCAGACACAAUAUCAGAAACAAUUCUACGGCGUUUAUUAAAACAAGAUAUAAUUCAUCACAUAAAAGUAAAGUCCCGUGAAAAAGCGCGAAAUGAUCCCGCGGCGUUAAUUUAUCAGCAGGGAAAAUCUGUUGAUUAUUUUGUAUUAAUAUUAGAAGGAAGAGUAGAAGUAACUGUUGGUAAGGAGAAUCUGACAUUUGAAAGCGGUCCAUUUACUUACUUUGGGUGUCAAGCACUCGGUACCAAUAUUGGAGUUGUUGAAUCGCCAACAACAAAUGUAAAUCCACAGGCUUUAGGAAGUAUACAGUCUAUUAAUUUAGAUGCGAUACUUCGGCAUACAUUUGUACCUGAUUAUUCAGUACGUGCUGUUACUGAAGUAUUUUAUCUAAAAGUAAAAAGGUCUUUAUACUUAGCUGCUAAGAGAGCUACAUUAUUAGAAAGAAGUCAGAAAGACCCGUCGCCAAGUAACGAUCAAUUUGACGACGAAGUUGAGAAGCUGCUGCAUUCGUUAGACGAAGAUGACCGUAGUAUGCAGUCAUCUCCAAUUUUAAGUCGCAAAGACGACGACAUGAAAUCAACGGAACAGAACUCUCCAAUUCGCAACGCUACUGCUCCUACAUCUCCAACUCCAGUCAGCGCCUCUCCCGUUACGAAUUCAAAAUUCUUACCUCAAAGUAAAACCAGCGAACCUAACGGGCAGCUUCGGAACUCACCAAACAAAAUUGAGGAACCAGUGCAGCCCUCUACGAAUAAUUCAGAGAGUCACAGUAAAUUAAAUUUAGACGCUGAAAUUGCCUCACGUUUGUUAAGUAAAAAAACCAACGAAGAUAAUAAUGACGAACUUACUAAUUUGUUAUCUACUCAAGAUCGUUCUUAACAGUUACGAAAUGGCCAUCCGAAUAUUACUGUCGUGGUGGCUUCUCCAAUCAACGAAUCCAAUAGUGAAAGAUGAAAAAAAAAUUUAUUAUUUUUUUUUAUUAACAAAAAUAUAUUUAUAUAUAUAUUUGCGCAUGCGCAAAAAGUUGUUCCAAGUCUCUGCGCAUGCACAUGAUCACGGAACAGUUUUUGCGCAUGCGCAAAACUGGUUCCAAGUCUCUGAGCAUGUACAUAAUCAUGGAACUGUUUUUGCACAUGCGCAAAACUGGUUCCAAGUCUCUGAGCAUGUACAUAAUCAUGGAAUUGUUUUUGCGCAUGCGCAAAAAUUGUUCCAAGUUUAUGUGCAUUCGCAUGAUCAUGAAACUGUUUUUGCGCAUGCG